AUGGAUUUUAGUCAAAGCAAUUUAUUUGGCUACAUAGAAGACCUGCAGGAACUAACUAUUAUAGAAAGGCCAGUACGCAGGAGCCUGAAGACGCCAGAAGAAAUAGAAAGAUUGACUGUUGAUGAAGAGCUCAGUGAUAUUGAAAGGGCUGUUUAUCUGCUCAGUUCUGGCCAGGAUAUCCAAGGAACAAGUGUGGUGGCAAAUCUUCCAGUCCUGGUGCGACAGAAUCCUGCAGAAACACUGCGUCGGGUUUUACCAAAAAUCAGAGAGGUGCUGCAUGUCGCAGGAGUGGAAAUGCAAUUAACAGCUGCUGUUUCAUUUCUGACUGUAUUGCAAGAGGAGUCUGUGUCCAUUCAUACAUACUCCCACUCCUUCCUACACAUCAUUCUCCAGAACCUGGAACACAGAGAUGCAGGUGUCAGCAAUGCAUGGCUAGAAACUCUUCUUGCUGUAAUAGAAGCUUUACCAAAAGAGACUGUCCGACAUGAGAUCCUGAAUCCACUUGUUUCCAAAGCACAGCUUUCUCAAACACUUCAAUCCCGCUUAAUUAGUUGUAAAAUCAUGGGAAAGUUGGCUAACAAAUUUGAAGCUCACAUUAUUAAGAGAGAGAUUCUUCCAUUGGUAAAAUCACUGUGCCGUGAUGUGGAGUAUGAAGUGAGAGCUUGUAUGUGUCGGCAACUAGAACAUAUAGCUCAAGGAAUAGGGACAGAAUUAACAAAAACUAUGGUGCUUCCUGAAUUAGUAGAACUGGCAAGAGAUGAGGGCAGCAGUGUACGCCUUGCAGCUUUUGAGACAUUAGUGAAUCUGCUUGAUAUGUUUGAUGCAGAUGACAGAAGUCAAACUGUGCUCCCCUUAGUGAAAUCAUUCUGUGAAAAAUCCUUCAAGGCAGAUGAAUCUAUAUUAGUUUCUUUAUCUUUCCAUUUAGGGAAACUGUGUAAUGGAUUAUAUGGCAUUUUUACUCCUGAACAGCACUUACGGUUUUUGGAAUUUUAUAAGAAGCUUUCCACACUGGGUUUACAGCAGGAAAAUGGACACAAUGAUAAUCAACUACAGCUUCAAACUCUGGAACAGGAAAAGAAGUAUAUUUCAGUGAGGAAGAACUGUGCUUACAAUUUUCCAGCCAUGAUUGUUUUUGUGGAUCCAAAGAACUUCCAUUUAGAACUGUAUCCUAUAUUCUUCUGCCUUUGUCAUGACCCUGAAGUUCCUAUCAGAUACACUAUGGCUGUAAGCUUCUAUGAAGUUGCCAAGCUUUUAAAUUCUAGUGUCUACACCAUACAUAAAGAACUGGUUACACUAUUACAGGAUGAGUCACUGGAGGUGUUAGAUGCCCUGGUAGGUCACCUUCCUGAAAUCCUUGAACUAAUGGCUAAUGGAGGGGAAAACGGUGGCUCAGAAAGCAAGUUAUUGUCUAUUCCUGACCUGAUUCCUGCAUUAACAGCAGCAGAACAAAGAGCAGCAACUUCUUUAAAAUGGAGAACUCAUGAGAAGUUACUACAAAAAUAUGCAUGUCUCCCUCAUAUCAUAUCAAGUGAUCAGAUUUAUUACCGUUUUCUUCACAGAAUGUUGACAAUCGUUUUGACAAAUAAUGUUCUGCCAGUCCAAAAAGCAGCUGCUCGGACUCUUUGCGUUUAUUUGCGUUACAAUCGCAAACAAGAGCAGAGGCAUGAGGUUAUUCAGAAACUGAUUGAACAACUGGGUCAAGGAAAAAGUUAUUGGAAUAGACUUCGGUUUUUAGAUACUUGUGAAUUCAUUAUGGAACUGUUUUCAAAAUCAUUCUUCUGCAAAUACUUCUUUCUACCUGUGCUUGAACUUACACAUGAUCCAGUGGCAAAUGUGAGAAUGAAGCUAUGCUACUUGUUACCAAAAGUUAAAUCUACUCUGAAGAUUCCCACUGAUAAACAUUUACUUCAGCAGUUGGAAUUAUGUAUAAGGAAGCUUCUUUGCCAAGAGAAAGACAAAGAUGUCCUGAGUAUUGUAAAAAGAACAGUGUUAGAACUGGACAGAAUAGAGAUCUCUGUAGAUGCUUUUCAGAAAAGAUUUUACAAAAAUGGUUUAUUGGAUCAAGAGAGACAAGAAUACCUUCUUUUGGAAGUGGAACAAUUAGAAAAGGAGAAGCAGCAAAAUGAAGGAAGGUCUACAAACAUUAAUGAUAAAAUGUUUGAAAAGAAGCGUAGAGACAGUAAAACAUCAUCAAUGUUGACAAAAAGUAUCACUGUGUCUGUUCCAGGAAGCUCUUCUGGUAUAUCAGCAGGCAAAGAAGACAAAAAGUCCAAGUUGGUUCGAAGCCAGUCUUUCAGUACUCAAGCACUGCAUCCAAAAUACAGCAACACAGACAAGUGUCCUAAUAAAAUCUCUAAUACAGGAUAUACAUCCUCAAUAUCAGGAAUGGGAAAGAGUUGUAUGUUAUCCUUUAGCGAUGAUUCAUUCCGGACUCAUUCCACUGGUGGUAGUGGGAAUGGUACCUUACCUUCCAAUGCUGCUUCUCGCAGCUUAUUUAACUCAGCUCAUCAAAAGAAUAAUGGAACCAAAGAGAGUCAGUCCAGAAGGACGAGCAUAAAAAACAGAAAAUCAAACUCUUAG